UAAUAAAAAUUUUGUCUGUUGAGCUUUUCAUAGGUGAAGGUUGCCAUAGCAACGGCAGUAAACAGAGUGACGCCGAGUAGCAGUAGUGUGUGUCUGCCUCGUGUUCACGCCUAACAUUGUAACGCAUCGGUAAAUGGCUAGAAAUGCGUAUCACUCGUGCGUUCGUGUGGGAAACUGGUAUGAAAACAGAUUGAUGGAAGAGGAACUCCGGCAGUCAGCGAAGAGGAGUCAGAACGCUGAGAGGUACUUCCAGGAGCUGAGUGCUGCCCUGCUGGAGGAGGCGGAGGUGUCGGUGUGUCCUGAUGGCCUCCUGCACUUUGGCGACACUGUCAUCAUCCACGCCCCUGUGGUCCAGCCUCACAAAGGAGCGCCGCGCCCCUCCCUCGCCUGCUCAGUAUCUGUGACACCCUCACGCCAGGCGCUGCUCGGGAACUACUACCACGACGCUCCUCUCACCGCAAGUCCUGCUCACCAUCAACCUGUGGUCAAGAACGUCUUCACUAUCCUCCCGCGACGGUCGUGUCACGCUCCUGGUAGUGUACUGUGCUACGGUGACCCCUUUGACCUGACCCACACGGCGGCGAGCAGGGAGCGGCUCUAUGUCACCUCCCCCGUGGGGUCUGCUCUUCACUCAGGCAGAGAGAGCAGACGCCAGGAGGUCCUGCUGAAGGCAGAGUCGUCAGCCCACUCUGCUUGGCGUCUGCAGCCUAGUGACCCGGAACUGAGGCUGACGUACGAGGGUCAGCCGGCUGAGGUGGGUGCCAGAGUACAGAUGAUUCAGACCAUGACCAAUCAGCCUCUGGUGAUCGAGGAAGAGUUCUCAACCAACACAAUCUUCGGUCAGGAGCAAGAAGUGAGUGUGGGAGUAGUGAGUCGCGCCACCACAAGAGCAGCCUCUACCGUCGCCCUCCUCACUUGGACCAGGAGGACGCCUCAGCAGGAAACUACAGAGGGAGAGCAGGAACACCAGCAGGAGGCUCAGCAGGAGGAGGGGAAGGAGGAAGAGGCACAGCAGGAGGAGGAGAAGGAGGAAGAGGCACAGCAGGAGGAGGAGGAGAGGAACGUGGAGGAGAGGAUGGAGGGUCUGAGGCUGGUGUUGGAGGAUGACGAUGAUGACGCCUCUCAGGGGGAUGGUGAGGCACGAUAGUGAUGAUGAUGAUGUGGGUGACGGAACAGGUUAGUGACGGGCUACGGUGGUGAUGAAUUAGA